CAUUGAGUACAUUCAUUGCACGAUUGAUUGAAUUGUGUUGACAACACUUGUGUCCCGAUUAAUGCAGUGAAUGCCAACCCAUAAGUGAUUUCUAAGUUAACCAAUACUUGCGAUCAAAGCGUUGAUUGAAUCCAUUAAUCAUUGAAGACAUGUUUCGGUCCACAAAACGAUUGUCUGUUUUGCGAAAUGAGGCCAAAGUAUUGUUGAAUCGCUUCUCCACGUGUGGUAUCUUAUACUCGGAGGAAGUGGUGAUUGUGUCGACCGCGCGAACACCUGUUGGCUCUUUCAGGAGCUCAUUGUCGGCAUUAUCUGCACCACAAUUGGGAACCGUUGCCAUCAGAAGCGCUAUCGAGAGAUCUGGCCUUAAGAAUGAAGAUAUCGGAGAAGUAAUAAUGGGAAGUGUAUUACAAGGGGGUCUCAAACAGGCGCCCACACGACAGGCCGCGCUCGGAGCGGGUCUUCCGACCACUAUUCCCACCACAAGUGUCAACAAAGUGUGCGCUUCGGGAAUGAAGGCUAUGAUGUUUGGCGCUCAGAGUCUCAUGUGUGGCCAUCAGGAGGUGAUAGUAGCGGGAGGUAUGGAAAGCAUGUCAAAUGUGCCCUUUUAUCUGAAAAGAGGUGACACAACGUAUGGCGGCGUAAGACUCGAAGACGGCAUCGUUUACGACGGGCUGACAGACGCCUAUCAACCCAUUCAUAUGGGUGUCUGCGCUGAGAAGACGGCCAAAAAGCUGGGAAUCACUCGUCAACAACAGGACGAAUACGCCAUUAACAGCUAUAAGCGCAGCGCAAACGCAGCCAACAGUGGUAUUUUGGCCGAAGAGAUAACACCGGUUGUGAUCGCCGGCAAAAGGGGGGCCAAAGAGACGAUUGUCUCGGAAGACGAAGAGUACAAAAAAGUGAAUUUCGACAAAUUCCCGGCUCUGCCAACAGUGUUCCAGAGAGACGGCGGAACCAUUACGGCCGCCAACGCCAGUACUCUCAACGACGGCGCCGCCGCCGCUGUCCUCAUGACUCGCAAGGCUUGCGAUAGGUUUGGUUUGAAACCAUUGGCCAGAAUUGUUGGAUUCGCGGACGCGGCCGUUGAUCCCGUGGACUUCGCGAUAGCGCCCGCCUUUGCGAUCCCCAAAAUACUCAAUAAGUUUAAUAUAAAGAAAGAGGACAUCUCUUUGUGGGAAAUCAAUGAGGCGUUCAGCGCUGUAGUGAUCGCUAAUAUACAGAUGUUGGACAUCGAUGCCAGUAAAGUGAACAUCAACGGAGGUGCCGUCAGUAUUGGGCAUCCGUUGGGUAUGUCCGGCGCCCGCAUUGUUAAUAGUCUGGCUCUGCAUCUGAAGGCCGGACAGUACGGUAUGGCAGCCAUUUGUAACGGAGGCGGCGGUGCUUCGGCUCUUUUGGUGCAGAAAUUGUAAGACAAUUGUUGUGACAUUUUAUGAAAUUCUAUUCUUUUAUAAACAUAUUUUUUAAUACAAUUAUUGAAUUAAAAUUUUAAUAAACAAUUAAUGACUAUUACAUGCAGUGAUAAUGAAGAACGGGAAGAGAACACCUGUGCUCUUCCGUUGCCUUCGUUAACAUUAUAUACGAAGAGAGAGUGCAGUCUCUGUGAUGAGGUUAAGCACCAGUUGAAG